AUGGGAUACACUGCCGAAACAGUGGAGGAACUUCUAGGUUUCUACGAAAAACAUGCUAGUGAGGUUGGGUUUUCCAUAAGGAAAGGAAACACGAGAUUCAAAGUUGGGACAAGAAUCGUGCUUGAAAAGACAUAUGUUUGUUCAGCAGCAGGAGUAACAAGCAAUGAAAAGAACAAAAAGAAAAAAGUGCAAACAGUUGUUCCUGUAGUGCCCAAAAAAGAGAGAAAACCAAGGCAAGUUUCGAUCACGAGAACUCAAUGUAGGGCUUGCUUGAGAGUGAAAAUGAAUUCUGAAGGCAGAUAUGAGGUUGUUAAUCACGUGAUAAUGCACAACCAUGAUUUAACUAGAAGUCAAUGGCACUACUUGCAUAGAUCUGAAAGGCAAAUAACGGAAGAGAAGAGGGAGGCAAUUGAAACUAUGCAAAAAUCUGCUGGAGGUGAAGAAAAUUUAGGACACUCGAAGAAAGACCAUCUAAAUUACUGCACGAGGUUAAAAAUGAAGCAAAUAGAAGGAGGUGAUGCACAAGCAGUAACUGACAUAAUGUAUUUAGAGGUUGAAGGUGACCCAAACUUCUUUUUUAGAUUUAGAUUGGAUGAAAAAGGCAAAUUGAGGAGUUUGUUUUGGAGGGACUCUAUGAUGAUGGAAGACUAUGGAAUUUUUGGAGAUAUAGUGGUUUUUGACACAACCUAUAGAACAAACAGGUAUAACCUAAUUUGUGCUCCAAUAGUUGGAAUAAACAACCACUGGAACAAUUGCAUGUUUGGUUGUGCAUUCAUAGGAGAUGAAAAGAUUGAGUCGUUUGUGUGGCUUCUACAAACUUUCAAAAAGUCAAUGGGAGGAAAAAGUCCAAUAUCAAUCUUUACAGAUCAAGAUGCAGCAAUGAAUAAUGCCAUCAAUCAGGUCUUUCCAGAUUCAAGACACAGAUUAUGUGUAUGGCAUUUGCAUCAGAAUGCUAUUACCAGAUUUGGGGCAUUGAAACGAGAUCCAACUUUUAAGAAGACAUUCAACUAUUGCUUGUAUAAGUGUGUCACAGUAGUUGAAUUUCAAACCAAUUGGAGAUCAAUGCUGCAACAAUAUGAGCUGAUAGGGGAAGAGUGGUUUACAAAUGUAUACGAUUUGAGAGAAAAAUGGUGCCCUGCGCUAAGCAAAGACUUCUUUUCAGCUGGAAUUUUGUCUUCACAACCAAGUGAAAGCACUAAUCACGCCAUCGGAUUUAGAGAAAACAGAACAACAAGUUUAACUGAUUUCUAUAGAUUGUUCAAAGGUACACUACAGCGUUGGAGAAGUACAGAAAAGCAUGCUGAAUUCUCUUGUAGUAAAUCGGUUCCAUCCUCGGCUUUACCACUAUCUGGAUUGCUGAAACAUGCAUCAGAAGUUUACACGUUAUCACUAUUCAGAGACUUUGAGGAGGAAUUUGGAUAUUCAAUUGCAACAACAGCAAAAUUAAUUUGGAAACAAGAAAAUAUUGAGUUCUAUGCUGUGUCCAUGAUGAAGAACCUUGGUCUGCACAGAGAGUAA